AUGGCGGGCGGGUUGCGGCGGCGUGGCUGCGGGGGGGGAGAGGGCGAGAGUUGGGGGGCCAGCUGGCGCGCGGCGCGAGAGAAGGGGCCAGUCCGGGCGGUGUACCAAAAGUUCGACUGGAAACGCUUCUUCCUGGCCCCCAAGUACAUACCAUGGCACAUUCUCUUCAUCGUCAUCGGCAUCCUCACCGUCAUCAUCACCAUCAAGCACGACGAAGUGGUCGCGAAACUACGGCCCUGGUCGGAAAAGGUGCGCGACCUGCCAGCAGGAUGGUUGAUUCCCAUUGUUAUUCUCGUCAUCAUUUCAUUUCCGCCUCUCUUCGGCCACGAGAUCAUCGCCCUGUUGUGCGGUGUCGUCUAUGGCCUGUGGAUCGGUUUUGCCAUUGUUGCGGCUGGCACCUUCAUCGGCGAAGUCGGCACAUGGUAUGCCUUCAAAUAUGCCUUCCGAAAGAAGGCCCUCAAGCUGGAACGCACCAAUCUCAAUUACGGCGCCAUGGCCCGCCUCACCCGCGACGGCGGCUUCUUCAUCGUCCUCGUCAUCCGUCUCUCGGCCAUUCCCGCGCAUUUCUCCACGGCCGUCUUCUCCACGUGCGACGUCAAGUUCUGGCAUUUCGUCGUCGCCACGUUCCUCUCGCUCCCCAAGCAAAUCUUCCUCGUCUACCUGGGUGUUUUGCUUCUCCAGCAGAGCAACGACGACGUGAUCAAAACCGUCAUGUUCGGCGCCAUUUUCAUCAUCACCAUCGCCAUGGGCGUCUGGAUCUACCUCAAAAUGCGCACAGUGAAGAAGGUGCUUCUCGAAGAGCAGGAAAUGAGGCGUGUGCGAAAGGCAGAGGCCGUCGAGCUGGUCCCCAAUGCCGAAAGCGCGUACCCGAGACGAUAUGACGAGGAACCCACGCAAUGGACUCCCAUGCAGCCCACACAAGUCAGCAGACCGCUGGACAGGAGAUACGACGACGAUCAUGCAGAUUGGGCAAUGCAACCCACGCAGCCGACUAGGAUGGUAUGAAGAACCAACAUAGCCAGCGCUUUCCCUUUUUUGCGUUCUUGUAAUAACAGAGCUUAUAGUGAAGAAUACUUUUUUCUUUUAAAUAGGUAGUCCUAAUGCCAUAACGACGUUAUGACUUUUUUUUCGUCUUCGUUUUUUUUUGAGCUACUUGUAUUCGUUUGGAAAGUUCAAGACGGCGUAAAGCUUUUUGUUGUUGUUUGAUUCGAUUUACAUUCGAUAUAUAUGUUUUUGGAUCGGGCUAGUUAUGGCGAUUGAUAGUGAUUCUGAUGGCGAUGGAGAUGGCAAUGUAGUGAUAUAGCAAUGUAGCGAUAGUGAUGGCGAUGGCGAUGUAGCGAUGUAGCGUUAUUACAAUAUAGCGACAUGGCGAUAUGGCGAUAUGUAACAUAAUUGCAUCAACUGAUUCCU